UUGCAUAUUUUAGGAAGUGAGGAGGAGGCGCGGGCCCGAGCAGCGGCGGGUCUGGGGCGCGGAGCAGUGGCGGGAGGAGGUAGACACGUGGCAGCAGCAGCGGUAGCAGCCCCGGCGGCGGCGGUAUCGGCCCGACCGCCGGCCGUCCUCCCUCCCUCCCGCCCCGCGGCAGCCCUAGCUCCGUCCUCGCCUCUCCCCCGGUCGCGCUCGCUCGGCCGGGAGCUGCUCUCUCCUUUUCUCUGAUCUUCAAGCGGCAGGACCCGGCGCCGGGCACCGACCACUGCCACCAUGGGGAAGGGGGUCGGACGUGACAAAUAUGAGCCUGCAGCCGUGUCAGAGCAUGGUGACAAGAAAAAGCUCAAGAAGGAGAGAGAUAUGGAUGAACUGAAGAAAGAAGUUUCUAUGGAUGACCAUAAACUUAGCCUUGACGAACUUCAUCGCAAAUAUGGAACAGACUUGAACCGAGGCUUGACCAGUGCUCGUGCUGCUGAGAUCCUGGCCCGCGACGGCCCCAACGCCCUCACCCCCCCGCCCACCACCCCCGAGUGGGUCAAGUUCUGCCGGCAGCUCUUUGGGGGUUUCUCAAUGUUACUGUGGAUUGGAGCGAUCCUCUGUUUCCUGGCUUACGGCAUCCAGGCUGCCACGGAAGAGGAACCUCAGAAUGAUAAUCUGUACCUCGGUGUGGUGCUGUCCGCCGUCGUCAUCAUCACUGGUUGCUUCUCCUACUACCAAGAAGCCAAAAGUUCGAAGAUCAUGGAAUCCUUCAAGAACAUGGUUCCACAGCAAGCCCUGGUGAUUCGAAAUGGUGAGAAGAUGAGCAUAAACGCAGAGGAUGUCGUCGUCGGGGAUUUGGUGGAAGUGAAAGGCGGGGACCGGAUCCCUGCUGACCUCAGGAUCAUAUCUGCGAACGGCUGCAAGGUGGAUAACUCCUCGCUCACCGGUGAAUCGGAACCCCAGACCAGGUCUCCGGAUUUCACCAAUGAAAACCCCCUGGAGACGAGGAACAUUGCCUUCUUUUCGACCAACUGCGUUGAAGGCACCGCCCGAGGCAUUGUCGUGUACACUGGGGACCGCACCGUGAUGGGGAGAAUCGCCACACUGGCUUCGGGGCUGGAAGGCGGCCAGACCCCCAUCGCUGCAGAAAUCGAACAUUUCAUCCACAUCAUCACGGGCGUGGCUGUGUUUCUGGGGGUGUCCUUCUUCAUCCUCUCCCUGAUCCUCGAAUACACCUGGCUGGAGGCCGUCAUCUUCCUCAUCGGUAUCAUUGUGGCCAAUGUGCCCGAAGGUCUGCUGGCCACGGUGACGGUGUGUCUGACCCUUACUGCCAAACGCAUGGCGAGGAAAAACUGCUUAGUGAAGAACCUGGAAGCUGUGGAGACCCUGGGGUCCACCUCCACCAUCUGCUCGGACAAAACCGGAACUCUGACUCAGAACCGGAUGACGGUGGCCCACAUGUGGUUUGACAACCAAAUCCACGAAGCCGACACGACAGAGAAUCAGAGCGGUGUCUCGUUCGACAAGUCCUCAGCCACCUGGCUCGCCCUGUCCAGGAUCGCGGGUCUCUGCAACAGGGCCGUGUUCCAGGCCAACCAGGACAACCUGCCCAUCCUCAAGCGGGCCGUGGCGGGCGACGCCUCCGAGUCGGCGCUCCUGAAGUGCAUCGAGCUGUGCUGCGGCUCCGUGAAGGAGAUGCGGGAGCGGUACGCCAAGAUCGUGGAGAUCCCCUUCAACUCCACCAACAAGUACCAGCUGUCCAUCCAUAAGAACCCCAACACGUCGGAGCCCCGACACCUGCUGGUGAUGAAAGGUGCCCCGGAGAGGAUCCUGGACCGCUGCAGCUCCAUCCUGCUGCAUGGCAAGGAGCAGCCCCUGGACGAGGAGAUGAAGGACGCCUUCCAGAACGCCUACCUGGAGCUGGGCGGCCUGGGGGAGCGCGUGCUCGGCUUCUGCCACCUCUACCUGCCAGAUGACCAGUUCCCCGAAGGGUUCCAGUUCGACACGGACGACGUGAACUUCCCCGUGGAGAACCUCUGCUUCGUCGGGCUCAUCUCCAUGAUCGACCCUCCGCGGGCAGCCGUGCCUGACGCUGUGGGCAAGUGCCGCAGCGCGGGGAUUAAGGUCAUCAUGGUCACUGGAGACCAUCCAAUCACAGCCAAAGCCAUUGCCAAAGGCGUGGGCAUCAUCUCAGAGGGCAACGAGACCGUGGAGGACAUCGCUGCCCGCCUCAACAUCCCAGUAAACCAGGUGAACCCCAGAGAUGCCAAGGCCUGUGUGAUCCAUGGAAGUGACCUGAAGGACAUGACGUCCGAACAGCUGGACGACAUCCUGAAGCACCACACCGAGAUCGUGUUCGCCAGGACCUCUCCACAGCAGAAGCUCAUCAUCGUGGAAGGCUGCCAGAGGCAGGGUGCUAUCGUGGCUGUGACUGGCGACGGGGUAAAUGACUCCCCAGCUUUGAAGAAGGCGGACAUCGGGGUUGCCAUGGGGAUCGCCGGCUCGGACGUGUCGAAGCAAGCUGCUGACAUGAUUCUCUUAGACGACAACUUCGCUUCCAUUGUGACUGGAGUAGAGGAAGGUCGUCUGAUCUUCGAUAACUUGAAGAAAUCCAUUGCCUACACCCUGACCAGUAACAUUCCAGAGAUUACCCCCUUCCUGAUAUUUAUUAUUGCAAACAUUCCACUCCCACUGGGGACCGUCACCAUCCUCUGCAUUGACUUGGGCACGGACAUGGUCCCUGCCAUCUCCCUGGCUUAUGAGCAGGCUGAGAGCGACAUCAUGAAGAGACAGCCCAGAAACCCCAAGACGGACAAGCUGGUGAACGAGCGGCUGAUCAGCAUGGCCUACGGGCAGAUCGGUAUGAUCCAGGCCCUCGGGGGCUUCUUCACCUAUUUUGUGAUCCUGGCGGAGAAUGGCUUCCUCCCGAUCCACCUGCUGGGCCUCCGAGUGGACUGGGAUGACCGCUGGAUCAACGACGUGGAGGACAGCUAUGGACAGCAGUGGACCUACGAGCAGAGGAAGAUCGUGGAGUUCACCUGCCACACGGCCUUCUUCGUCAGCAUCGUGGUGGUGCAGUGGGCCGACCUGGUUAUCUGCAAGACCAGGAGGAACUCAGUCUUCCAGCAGGGGAUGAAGAACAAGAUCUUAAUAUUUGGCCUCUUCGAAGAGACGGCCCUUGCUGCUUUCCUCUCCUACUGCCCUGGAAUGGGCGUCGCCCUGAGGAUGUACCCCCUCAAACCCACCUGGUGGUUCUGUGCCUUCCCCUACUCCCUGCUCAUCUUCGUGUACGACGAAGUCCGGAAACUCAUCAUCAGGCGAAGCCCUGGAGGCUGGGUGGAGAAGGAGACCUACUACUAGAGCCCGUCCUGCACGCCGUGGAGCGACACGCCACACUCUGCACCCCUCACCCGCCCCCUUUGUGUACUUCAGUCUGGAGUCCGGAGCUCCACCCUGGUAGGACAGCACCGAAGCAUGUGGGGGAAGCGAGACGUCCCGGAAUGAAGCAUGUAGCUAUCGGGGGGGAGGGGGGAGGGCUGCCUGACAAACAUCCGUCUGUGGGAAUGACAGCGGGGAAGGUUUUUAUGUGCCUUUUUGUUUUUGUAAAAAGGAAAUCAUGGAAAGACUGAAA